UAGGUCUUAACGUAGCUCACAAAGCAGAAAGCACACACUCGAUAGUAAUAUUAUUAUUAAAUACUCUGUGAAGGUCCUUUUAUAGUUUUCUGGAGUCACUAGCCAGCAUAAAUUAACAUUUUAGCCAGUAGCAGUAGCUGUAGGGUUUAAAACUGCUGGUGAAAACUCGAAAAUUCGGUAAAGAGUCCAAGGUGUAUCAAGGCUGCCCUAUAUCUCAAGACUCGAGUGGUGAAAAAAUUAUUUUAGCCUAUCCCAGCUGUUAAUUAUAAAGACACAACAAUCAGCAGCAUUCUAAAGUCGCUGGCUGGUGCUGCAGUUUGUUAAAAAAAAAAAAAAAAAAACGUUCAUGCCAUUGACGUAAAAGGUGGCGAGGGUCAAACGGAAACGAGGUAAAUGCAAUAUGAUUUUAAUCCUAUCAGCGUGUUUAUGAUUGAUGAUUAGCUGGUAAAAGAAUGGCGGCGAUUUUUGACAUUGAACUACACGAUGUUGAUAACAAAAUAACUGAAGAAGAGUCUGAUGAUGAAAUUAUUGAGAUACAUGAGGACGAAUAUAAUACGGAUCCGAAUGUCAAUGAAUUGAUAGAAGCUGAUGGGGUCGAGACGGUCUCCAUUUCCGAACAGAGUGUUAACUGCGGCAGGGAGAGGGCUGGCCCACAAGAUUUCGAGUUGUGUAAGGUCAUAGGUAAGGGAGGGUAUGGAAAAGUAUUUCAGGUACGAAAAAUAACUGGUAAUGAUGCUGGUACCAUUUUUGCAAUGAAGGUAUUGAGAAAGGCUUCGAUAAUUCGUAAUCAAAAGGACACUGCCCACACCAAAGCUGAAAGAAAUAUUCUGGAGGCCGUUAAGCAUCCUUUCAUAGUUGAUCUAAUGUAUGCCUUUCAAACUGGCGGCAAAUUAUAUUUAAUUCUAGAGUACAUGUGCGGCGGCGAGCUGUUUCGUCAUUUAAAUGACGAGGGAAUUUUUCUCGAAGAAACAGUAUGUUUCUAUUUAUGUGAAAUAAUAUUAGCGCUACAGCAUUUGCACCAGCAGGGUAUUAUUUACCGCGAUUUAAAGCCGGAGAAUAUUUUGCUGGACGCUGAGGGACAUAUCAAGCUCACAGACUUUGGAUUGUGCAAGGAACACAUCCAGGAUGGAUCAGUCACUCACACUUUCUGCGGUACCAUCGAGUACAUGGCACCAGAAAUUCUUACACGCAGCGGCCACGGUAAAGCCGUUGACUGGUGGAGUCUUGGUACUUUGAUGUACGAUAUGCUGACAGGCGCACCGCCAUUUACUUCAGACAAUCGUAAAAAGACAAUUGAAAAAAUUCUCAAAGCAAAACUUAGUUUACCUCAGUAUUUAACUCACGAUGCCCGUGAUCUUAUUAGAAAAUUAUUGAAGAGACAAGUCGCCCAGCGAUUGGGUUCCGCUCCCUCAGAUGCUGAGCAAGUUAAAAGUCACAUAUUCUUCAGACACAUCAACUGGAAUGAUGUUAUCUCGCGUAAACUAAAAGUACCAUUCAAGCCGACGUUGACUAGCGAGGAUGAUGUCUCACAGUUUGACAAAAAAUUCACCAGCUCUUUACCUAUUGAUUCACCACCCGAGUACACAUUAAGUGAAUCCGCGAAUCGAGUAUUCCAGGGAUUUACUUACGUUGCACCGAGUAUUUUAGAAGGGACAUACGCCCAGCCUCGUAUUGUCAAUGCCAGAAGUCCUCGGAGGUCAGCUAUGAAGGGUUUUUCACCACGUGGAAAUCAUUUCCAUCUACACCACAGGCACAACGGCGUGGCACAUAAUGGAAUAGAAGACGCUGAGAUGAUUGAGAUAGGUUAAUGAUGACUAAUAAGUAAAUAAAUAAAUAAAUUUGUUUAUAAAUAAUUAAUUUAAUUUAUAAAUCAAUACACGAUAAUUAUAAAUUAAUUAUUUAUAAAUGAAAAUGAAACUUAGUUGGUUGCAUUUCGUGGCUCGGCCGUUGAGAACUUGAUCAGCGCGAUAACUCAUUCUCAGGGAUUGAUUUUUUAUAUUUAAAUAUAUAUUAAAUCGUCAUAUGAACUUAUCGUGCAUAAUUUUUUUAAUUACUGAUUCUUCAAUGAUUUUUUUAAUUAGCAUUGAAAAUAUAAAUCGACGGUUGAGUUUAGCUAAUUUUUAUUUAAUUAUUAUAAAAUUAUCAUGAAAUAUAAAUAAAUAAAUAUAAAUAUAUAAAUAUAUUUUACUCGUAAUAAACAACUUUAUACGUAAUCGAAGUAAUAAUAAUAAUAAUAAUAAUAAUAAUAAUAUAACUAUAAAUGUGUAACGAAAAUAUGAGUGAUUUGCACGUUAAUUAAAUAGUUGCCUAUAAUUUAAAUAUUAAUUUCAUUUAUCCACGUCUUAGCCGUUUUGUUUAUUUAAUUAAAUAAAUUGAGUAAUUAAUAAUAAUAAUUAUAAUCACUAAAUAGAUUUAACGUUACACUAUUAACUUUAGCUUCGAGUUAAAUAUUUUAUAUAAAAAACUGCUAAGUAAAUUUAGCGAACAUUUAACAUAAGUAAAUGGAGCAGACAUCAGAUAAAUUUCAAAUUAUUAAUAAAUAGAGUAAAUAAUUAAUAAAAUAAAAUUAUAAAAACAUGCACAUUUGAAAAAUUUUGAAAUUAAUAAGUGCAUUUUUUAUAAUUAUUUAUUUUAUUUAUUUAUAGUUUUAAAUUUUUCCGAUCUGCUACAUUCACUCUCAUACAUUUAACUGAUACUCUAAUUGAGCGAUAGGAAUUAUAAUUUUAAAAAAAUAACAAUAAACCAAUAAAAAUAAUUUGGCCAUUGAAAACUUAAAAAAGAAAAUAAAAAAAAAAAACUUAAAAACUGCCCAAGUGUUCAGACUUAGGUCGACCAAAAAUAUUUUUAGGUCAACUCAGUCCUAUGUUAUCAUAUAUUUUUAAAAUAUUUUUGUGACGCCGAUAAUUUAAAUAAUAAAACAAUCUUCCAUAUGAUGUUAAUGAUAAUAAUGACAAAUAGUGCAGACGUUAAUGCAGAUAUUAAUUAAAUAUGUAUCGAUAAAAUAAAUCGACGUGGAUUUAUGUAAUUACAUAUAUUACAUAUUAACAUAACGAUAAAUGUCAUUAACUAUUAUAGAUAUAAUUACUAUUAAAUUACAUAUUUAUUAUAAAAUAAUUACAACGUAGCUUGUUUGCUUAACAUAAGACUAAAUUUUAUUAUUUUAAAAAAUUUUUGAGCUUUAAUUGCAAUUAAUUAUUAUUAUUAUUGUUAUUACUAUUAGCAAAACCUUUUAGUUUAUUUUUAUUUUAUUGCAAUAAAAGCAACGAGACUUUUUAAAAUGACCAAUUUAUUAUUUUUUAUUUUUAUUUUUAAUUUGUGUGUAGUCAUUUAGUUGUUGGUAGAUAAAAUUAAGCUCUCAAUGUUUUAUAAGAAUUUCUGUCAAUUAAUUUUUAGAUAAAUUUAUUAUUAUUAUUAUUAUUUUUUUUUGUGUUGAUACAAAAAUAAAAAACUAGCAAUAAUAUGUGUGGCAACUGUAAGAUUUAUCAUAAAUAAAUAUACGAUACAAUGCACUGCCGAUGAUUGCUUAUCGAUAUUUAAUUUAAAAAAUAUAAUUUAAUUAAGUAAUUGGCACAAAUAAAUGAAUAAUUAAUUAAUUAAAUUAUAAUAAUUUGAGAAUAAAGUUUUGUUUUUUUAUUUUUUAAAAAUUGUGACAUGAAAUAAAGUAACAAAUGCUUCCACUCAAGAGAUUUAUGACUUAGAAUUUAAGAUAAAUUGACAAUUGUGUGUGUUUAAAAUAUUAAUUAAAAUUCAUGUCGAGUUAUUCUGGCUCAAUAAUAAGUUUGCAUAAAUAUUUAUACCGAUAUAAGAGAUAAUAUGACUUGUAAACUGAGUGAAAAUAAUAUUAACAAUCAUCAUAUUUUUAUUUAUAGUUACCAGCAGCUAAUUUAUCGAAAUUAGGAUAAUUAGUCUGCUAAUUUAAUCAUUAAAUAUAUAUAAACAUAUAUAUUUUAUCAAUAAUCAAACAUUGUAAACUGUGAAUACAAUAAACAAACGAUUGUUUGUUGUGUUGUAACUUGUCAUUUUUUUGUCUUUGUCAGCUAUCAAACUAUUUUAAUUAAAUAAAAAUAAUAAUCAUUACUACUGUUGUUGUUAUUUUAUAAAUUUAUAUUAAGUCAAGGUUUGACCCUUACACGUUCAUAACUAUUCC